AUGGGUUCUCUGAUUCCUUUUCAAGACCUCAAUCUCUAUCCUGACCACGCCUCUACCGGCACCAGCACCACUACCGUUACUUUAAUCCCCAAGAUCGAACCGAAACCCGAACCACUCGACGAGCCACUCCAUUCCCCUUUCGAGAAGCAACCCUUUUCCCCGAACCCUAACCCUAAUUUCCCUCAACCCAACACACCCAUUUCGGACCCAAACUCAAACUCAGUCCCCAACAACUCUUUGACACAAUGUGACAACUUAUCCUCCGAUGAAUCCAACGUUUAUUCAGAAUUCUACCGAAUCUCUGAGCUGUUUCGUACCGCUUUUGCUAAGCGAUUGCAGAGAUUCGGUGACGUCGACGUUUUAGACCCCGAUUCAAGGGCAAUUGUUCCGGUUUCAGAUGAAAAUCAGCUCUCAACCGUCGUGGUUUCGCCGCGUCGGAAGUACAAUCAACGGUCUUCAGAGUUGGUUAGAGUUACAGAUCUUGGGAUUGAGGACCAGCGAUACUUUCGAGACAUUGUGAGAAGAACAAGAAUGGUUUAUGAUUCUAUAAGGAUUUCUUCGAUGACUGAGGACGAUAAAAGAAGGUGUUUAGGGCCUGUAAGGAAGACUAGAGGUGAUUUAAAAGCAGCAGCGUUGAUGAGGGACUGCGGAUUGUGGCUAAAUCGCGAUAAAAGGAUAGUGGGUUCGAUCCCAGGGGUUCAUAUUGGGGAUGUGUUUUUCUUCAGAAUGGAAUUGUGUGUGGUUGGAUUACAUGGGCAACCUCAGGCUGGAAUUGAUUAUGUGCCUGCAAGCCAGAGUUCGAAUGGUGAGCCAAUAGCGACAAGUGUAAUUGUGUCCGGUGGGUAUGAGGACGAUGAAGAUGCUGGGGAUGUGAUAGUUUACACCGGCCAUGGCGGUCAGGAUAAGAAUUCGAGGCAAUGUGUGCAUCAGAAGCUUGAAGGAGGAAAUUUGGCUUUGGAGCGAAGCAUGCAUUAUGGAAUUGAGGUGAGAGUUAUGCGCGGUUUUAAAUAUGAGGGUAGUGCUAGUGGCAAAGUUUAUGUUUAUGAUGGGUUGUAUAAAAUUAUUGAUUCCUGGUUUGAUGUGGGUAAGUCUGGUUUUGGUGUGUAUAAGUUCAAGCUUAUUAGAAUGGAUAAUCAACUGGAAAUGGGAAGCGCAACUCUUAGGUUCGCGGAGAAUCUCAGGACUAGACCUUUGGUUGCUAGGCCAGUGGGUUAUAUUAGUCUCGACAUUUCAAUGAAAAAGGAAAAUGUGCCAGUUUUUUUAUACAAUGACAUUGAUAACGACCAUGAACCAGUCUAUUAUGAGUACACUUCUUCAAUUGUUUUUCCGCCUUUUGUGUAUCAGCAGGUGGGUAGUGGUACCGGAUGUGAUUGUGUUUUGGGAUGUGUAGAUGAUUGCUUUUGUGCAAUGAAAAAUGGAGGCGAGUUUCCUUAUGAACAUAAUGGGAUUUUAUUGAGAGGGAAACCUUUGAUAUUUGAAUGUGGGCCACAUUGUCGCUGCCCUCCGACUUGUCGGAACCGUGUGAGCCAAAAAGGGGUGAGGAAUAGAUUUGAAGUGUUUAGAUCAAGGGAGACCGGUUGGGGAGUUAGGUCAUUGGACUUGAUACAAGCUGGGUCUUUUAUUUGUGAAUAUACUGGCGUUGUUCUCACGAGGGAGCAAGCCCAACUUUUUACAAUGAAUGGUGACAGUUUAGUUUAUCCAAAUCGAUUCGCUGAAAGAUGGGCAGAAUGGGGGGAUUUAUCACAAGUAUUUUCUGAUUAUAUGCGCCCAGCAUAUCCCUCAAUUCCUCCGCUGGAUUUUGCUAUGGAUGUAUCGAGGAUGAGGAAUGUUGCUUGUUACAUGAGCCACAGUUCGACUCCCAACGUUCUAGUGCAAUUUGUGCUGUAUGAUCACAAUAGUGUGUCUUUCCCUCACCUUAUGUUAUUUGCAAUGGAGAAUAUCCCUCCUCUGAGGGAGCUUAGUCUUGACUAUGGGGUUGCUGAUGAGUGGACAGGGAAGCUUCCAAUAUGUAACUAA